GGCUUGAUGAAACACGCACACAUGCAGUCUGGCACCGGUAACCUGCGGGAAUGAUCUUCUGAUUGCUCAUGCUUUUUUUGUCUUCCUACUGAAUGGUUAUAAUCUGCAGAACCUCAAAAGGAUUGUUUAAAGUUGGAUGUAACUGGGAAAAAACCUGUCAAAGAUUGAGCAGAACCUUUUAAACCUCUAAACAAGGUCGCAAGUUUAUUGAAAAUGUUGCACGUUGACCUGCUCCUGUUAUGCGUCUGUCUCGGUGUGGGGAUGGGAUACCAGAAAAGUUCGGACAGCGUUGUGGGUAAGAGACAGUAUCAGAUCCAAAACGGGCCAUGCAGCUACACCUUUCUGCUGCCUGAACAGGAGAACUGCCAAAACCCGAGCAGCGGCUACAAUUAUCAAGUUCAAAAGGACGGGCCCACAGACAAUGACCAGUCAGCUCAGAGGCUGGAACAGCUGGAGAUAGUCAUGGAGAACAACACACAGUGGCUUCUCAAGCUACAGAAUUACAUUCAGGAGAGCAUGAAGCAGGACAUGGUCCAGAUCCAACAGAGUGCGGUACAAAAUCACACGGCUACAAUGAUUGAAAUAGGAACAAACCUGCUCAGUCAAACUGCAGAGCAAACCAGAAAACUCACCAACGUUGAGGCACAGGUAAUAAAUCACACAACACGACUUGAGCGACAACUCCUUGAGAAUUCUUUGUCGACCAGUAAAUUGGAAAAACAACUCAUUGUCCAAAUGAAUGAAAUAAACAAGCUGAGUGACAAAAACAGCUUGCUGGAAAAGAAAGUAAAAGAGUUGGAGGAGCAGAAACAGGGAGAGCAGAAGAUACUUCGAGAAGAAAAGGAGCAGCUUCAGACGUUAACACAAAGGCAGACAGCCAUUAUUGGUGAACUGGAGCAACAGUUGCUCAGAGUGUCAUCCAACAACAGUGUAUUGCAGCAUCAGCAACAGGAGCUCCUUGAGACUGUCAACCACCUAAUACACACGUUCUCUACUGGCGCAGCCCGAGAGACAAAACCCACCAUGAUGCAGGAUACACCUGCCACAUUCAUGGACUGCGCUGCUGUCUUCAAAUCGGGAAAUAUCAAGAGUGGGGUCUAUACUCUGACUUUACCCAAUACUACCCUGGAGGUUAAGGCUUACUGUGACAUGGAGAUGGAAGGUGGUGGUUGGACAAUACUACAAAAACGCUUUGAUGGCAGUGUUGACUUUCACCGUACGUGGCAAGAGUAUAAAAAGGGUUUUGGAGAUCCUUCAGGUGAAUUUUGGUUAGGAAAUGAAUUUGUCUCCAAGCUUACAAGUCAGCAAUCCUAUAUCCUAAGGAUCCAACUGAGUGACUGGGAAGAGAACUCUGCAUUCUCCCAAUAUGACCAAUUUACUCUCGAUGGUGAAAGACAAAACUAUAGGAUACACCUUAAAGGCUACAGUGGAACAGCAGGCAAAAUAAGCAGCAUCGGGCAGCCAGGAAGUGAUUUCACUACAAAGGACGCAGACAAUGACAAAUGUGUUUGCAAAUGCUCGCAGCUGACAACAGGGGGUUGGUGGUUUGAUGCUUGCGGCCCGUCCAAUUUAAACGGCAUGUACUACCAGAAGGGCCAAAACUCGAAUCGCUUCAACGGAAUCAAAUGGUACUACUGGAAGGGCUCAGGAUACUCACUCAAGACCACAACAAUGAUGAUCAGACCGGCAGACUUCUAGGUUUAACUAAGUGUCACUCACACACUAAACACGAUUGGGAAGGAAACUCAAGACAAACUCGCACCAAAGGCAAAACAAAGCUUUGGAGUCCACUGGAGUGCAAAGCACUGCAGGACGUUCCUGAAAAGACUAAUGGGGAAAGCAUCAAUUGGUGCAUGAGCAUGUUAAAAGACCUGAACCAAAAUAUACAGUGAUAAAUUAUUAUUAUUUUUUUUAAAAGGACUGUAUUAACAAGUUUUGCCAUUAGAAAUGAUAAAUAAGGUUGAAAUGUGUACAAUGAGUUAAUAAUGCAAAUACAGUGGAACCCGUUUCAGAAAGUCCAACUCAAGCAGAAACACACUAACUGAAUCUAUUUUUCCCAUAAGAAAUGCAAAUCCAAUUAAUCAAUUCCAGACACGCCAAAAAUGCUAACACAAAACACUGUUUAAAAAUAGUUUUUUGUUUUACAUGCAGAAAACAAUGACAAAUGCUGGCGUAAAUUUUAGACAUAAACCGAAAAACACACUAACCAGGGCGCACACUAACCGAGGUUCCACUGUAUUUAUGGUACAACACGAACAUUGUGGUAAAACAAUUGGCUCAUCAUAUUUAUUAACAGUUUCUGCAUAGGUUUGUGUUGUGGAUUUUUAAAAAGGCAAAUGACAAAUGAUGCUUAGCAUGUUGGCCACACAGUCAGAGUCAGGACAUCGAGAAGACCUGCGUUCGAAUCUCUGUUGGGCAUUUCUGUGUGGAGUUUGCAUGUUCUCCCCGUGCGUGCGUGGGUUUUCUCCGGGUACUCCGGUUUCCUCCCACAUUCCAAAAACAUGCAUGUUAGGUUAAUUGGCGACUCUAAAUUGGUUGUUUGUCUAUAUGUGCGCUGCGACCAAUCCAGGGUGUACCCCGCUUGUCGCCCGAAGUCAGCUGGGAUAGGCUCCAGCAUACCCCCGCGACCCUAAUGAGAAGCGGCAUAGAAAAUGGAUGGAUGGAUAAAUUAUGCUUACGGUUUCAAUUAAGAUAACAUUUAUUGCGGAGAAUGUAUCACUACUGUACUGUACAAGUUUUUUUUAUUUAUGUGUGGAAUAUGAUUUUUUAAAAAUCUGUUCUAUUGCAUCAUCACAUCCCCUGAAUGUGUGAUACCACCAUUUAUACUGCACAUAAGCAGUGUACAUCUUUAUUUAUGUAAAGGUUGAUUUGAAUCAAAACUGAUUUUUUUCUUCAGAUGUACAAAGAUUUGUCUUAUUGUGUUGCCUUAAAGGUCACUUAUUACAUGUGGCAUUUCAAUUUUUUAUACCUCCAGUUUCAUGGAGAUGUGGGUAUACAGUGGAUCCCCACACACUUGCGAGUCAACAUUCAUGACCCUGCAAAUUUGCGGAUAUUUGGUCAGAAAAAAAAAAAAUUCUCAGAUAAUUGUCAGCUUUGCCUACGGAAAACACAUCUCAUUCACUUAAUACACAUUUACACCCAUAAUUUAUAAAUACGUGAUAAUACAGUUAAAAUGUACAUCAUACAUGUACCACUGUUAGAAAGCCCACAGUUUUUACAUGUUUAUGUCUUUAUGCUUUAGUGAUGAUGUUUUUUCAUCAAGCGUUGAGAUUUUGCACUUUGUUUGGCGGUCUUUGACCACACUAUAGCUGUGUGCUGAGAUGCAAGCUUGAAGAACUAGCUUUGACAGUCAUUCACUGGUGGUGAGUACCUAUACUGUACAUUUUAUACUUUAAAUGUAUUUGAUGUAAGUGUGUGGGGCCUUUUUAGGUCUUAGACCUGGAUUGUGUUGCAAGUGAACAAUGGCAAUUGAAGAGAGAAGGGGAGGGUUCUGGACACGUUUACUGCGAAUGUCGAUCUGAAAUCUGAGAACGUCAACGUCGAGCUAGCAGGCAGGUGGGGGGCUGGUAUUGCGUAUGGGCGUAUCAAUUACUCACAGUUUUUUGCCAUUCACUGGUGGUUCGCUAACCUAACUCCGGCGAAAAGCGGGGAUCUACUGUACUAACCAGCGGACAUUGUUUGGAUUAUGUUUAUUACCACAGCAUAUAUGAACUUUUUUAUGCUUGUGGCGGAUGGGGCGGGUGUGCAUACAUUAUCACUUAAUAGAAAAGAGCUCUAAGCCAACAGCUUUCACUAGGGGUGUCCAAAGUGCAGCCUGGGGAUGAUUUUUGGCAUGCUCAUUUUUUUUUAUAGGCCACUCGGUGUAUUCUAAGAAAAAAAUGAAUUCAUUACCAAUGAGACGUAUUAGUAGAUAUCACACUAAUUUGCUUUGUCACCUAUAACACAAAGCUAAGAUGUGGAUGUUUUGUUCAGAUAUCUUAGCAUAUAUUGACCUACAUUGGAUUGGUUUUAGCAUCUGUAAUGUAGAAAAUGUAUCAAAGCGGCCUCUGCAUCCUUUGGUUUUUCUGUAUGCGACGCACUUUGCUUUUAUAAUGCACUGCAGGAAGAUUAACUGUUAAUGAGGGCUUUUUAAUCAGAUUAAUCACAGUUAAUUAAUCAUGAUUACUCAGCAUUUGCAUCUAUGUCCAUAUAAUAACGUCAUAACAGAGGUCUGGCCGGCCAUGAUGUGCAUGUGUAACUUACGCUAAAUAUGUUAACGGAAUUAAUUAAAUAAAUUAUUCAUCACCAUUAAUACGUUAUUUUUUACAGCCCUGAUGUUAACUGCUAAUUACAAGAAAUCAAGAAAUAUAGCUUUCUGGAAACAACAUCACAUUUAAACUAAAACGAGGUGGUUCUGCAAAAAACACAAAAGAACAAGAAACGUGACAGAAGUGUGCUGACAUUUAUCUACGUCAAAGGCCUGCACAGUCCCUCACUGUGGCAGGACAGCGGACAGUGACUCACGAGUUCAGGAAGAGGCAACAUCCACAUUUCUCACAGGAUACUUCAGGAAAAACAAGCCACUGAAAAUGGAUGGCUGACAAUAAAAAUUUGCAGGCGGCAAACUCGCGUCCACCUUGCAUUUAUGAGCAAUUAUUGGAAGGAGUGAGCAGCCACACAAAUGGUUAGCAUUGUGAUCAGGACUGAUAACGGUCAUUAGAGAACAGACGUGCAAUGCAAAAUAAAAUGUGUGGCAGAAUGUAAAGAAUACAAAUGCUUAAUUGAAAGUGCAAUAUGAAUACAAGUUGUGAUAAUCAGAUUAGCCUACAGCUGGCAAAGCAAAAGCAAAUCAGAAAAGAGGGAACUGCAUGCAUAUUUGUCAUUUAACACCUAAUUAAUUUAACCAGUUGUAUGUUUGUUUCGAGCUGCUAUACAUGGGAGUCAUUCAUUAACAAUACCAUAAGGAUGUGCACAGGGUAACUGGUUACUAUAUGUCUUUCACAUUUUCUCAGAAUGGGUUUCACAGUUUUUGUUUUUAUGUUCUGGAGUUUUGUUUUUAUUUUAUAUUGUGCACAGAAAGAGCCUAUUUAUGUGGAAGAUGAAUAAAAU